AUGUCGUCCAGGAUCGAUGCUUGGGACCAGAAAAAACACAGAGAGUUCUCACCUGUAUCUUGUGGAUACCCUGCCGGCUUUGAAGAGAAGUAUGAUACUGGAGAUGAUCUUGGGAGAGGAGGAUUUGGCGUGGUGCGUGUCGUGUCCAAGAAGAAGAACGGCAAGCAGUACGCAGCAAAGUCGAUCAAGAAGGUGCUGGAGGUGCCCAAUCUAUCCAUCGAUCGACAGGCAGCACACCUGGCUAACAUCAAACGCGAGAUUUCGGUGCUUUACCGGCUGCGAGGCACACUGAACGUCGUGCACUUCAAGGAAGCCCUGGAGGACAGUGAAUAUGUCCACAUAAUAAUGGAGAUCUGCCGAGGAGGCGAGCUCAGCCACAGCUUGGCGCAGCGUCACUACAGUGAGAAGACGGUGAGCAGCUACAUGCGUGCCGUGCUGCGCACACUCGCACAGUGUCACUCACAUAGAAUAUUGCAUCGCGACGUCAAGCCGGGCAACUUCAUGCUCUUGAACACCAGCGAAAGGUCUCCCUUGAAGGCCAUCGACUUUGGCUUGGCCGUGUUCUAUGAUGCCAAUAAGCUGCCACGCACUGACCUUGGACUGGAGGGCACCCCCUGGUUCCUGGCGCCGGAGAAUCUGAGCUCAGAAUUCUAUCCGGCCAGUGACCUCUGGUCCGCUGGGGUCAUGGCAUACCAGCUCUUGUCUGGGUACCUUCCUUUUGACGACCGCCGCAACCGCAGCAACCCUGCUCUCUCCCAGGUCUGGAAAGCGAUCUUGACAGAGGAGCCCAAUUUCAACAUUGGCGCUUUCAAUAAGGUCUCAGAAGAUGCAAAGUCAUUCAUCAGUAUGCUGCUCAACAAGGAUCACAGUCUUCGACCAAGCGCAAAAGAUGCCUUGAAUCAUCCAUGGCUUGCCGGCGGCAACUCUGCCGACAGGGCAAAAGGUGCCCCGCUGCAGCAGACGGUGGUGCAGCGCAUACAGCGCUUCAAUCAGGGCAGUGCCCUCAAACGCACCAUCUUUGAGCUCAUCGCACAGGAGUUGCUGCUCACGCUGGUCCCAGACCCCUCAGCCCAUGGCGCACCACUGGCAAAGAUGGACAUGGAGGCGGAGGCUGUCACUGAGGCUGAGCUUGCGCAAGGGUUGGCAUCCCUGGGAUUCCGGUUGGAAGCUUCUGAGGCUCGAGCGCUGGUGGAGAAAAUGGAUGAACACAGAAGCGGUGCUGUCAGGAAGUCGGCUUUUGUUGCAUCUCAACUGGACUGGCCAGCCAUCCAGACUGAUUACAGGGAGCAGUGGUUGGCAGCAGCACGCAAAGUCUUUGAGGGCUUUGAUGACGCAAAUGGCCUGACAAUUCAGCGACUCAUGUCUGUGUUACGCGAGAAGCUGCCGGCAGCAGAGGUGGACUAUGCCGUGGAGGAUGCGCUUGUGGACGCUGGGUACAAGGAUGAGGAGGAAAUAGACUUUGAGGGAUUCAUCAGAAUUCUUCGUGCGGGAUCAGCAGACAGCCUUGACAACCUCGACCAAUAUGAUGCGCGCCUGUCCACCCACCUAUCACCUCGAGCGGACUCAGCGCGUGAUGAUUCAGAGCACAGCCAGUCAUAAAAGGCAUAGCAUGCAGAUUUCUGUAACAAAGACUGAACAAAACAAAUGCGUUGCACCUUGUACUUCAUGGACAGGCCUGUCAAUUGGGCAAUAGGCUCGGUGACAGGUGUUUGGCCCGGCUCUUGGGGGCGGUGUACGUACCGAGCACCGUGCCUACGGUUGACUGGGUCUCACUUGGAUUUGUUGAGUCCCACAAGGAGGCAGCCUUGAGUGCAGCUUGUCUGCAGACGCACUGCAGGAACAUGAUUAUUAUAAUUACACGUUUCCAGUCCUAAGGACCAGGUACGUCAAGCAACACCGCAGGAACAUUGUGGAUUAUGAUAGUGAUGUAAUAGUAUUCUUUC